ACUAGAAAAUCGCCGUUUUUAUGUCCAGCUUUUUGCAAGCAUAUAUUCUCUCUGCAAUAAGGCGUCAAUUAUUGUCAUUCUGAAAUCAGCUCCACCAUUGACUCUGCUUUGAUUUCGUUGUUGGAUAACGCAAGAGAUUUAAGCAAAAGGAGUUUUACGGCGGAGAAUGGCCGAGAUCAAGAGACUAGUCACCGUCGCAGCUCUGCAAUUCGCCUGCACGGAUGAUGUCGCCACCAACGUCGCCACCGCCGAGAGGUUGGUUAGAGCAGCUCAUGAGAAGGGUGCGAAUAUCAUUCUUAUACAGGAGUUGUUUGAGGGUUAUUACUUUUGUCAAGCACAAAGGGAAGACUACUUUCAAAGAGCAAAACCAUACAAGGCACAUCCAACAAUUCUAAGGAUGCAGGAGCUUGCAAAAGAUUUGGGAGUUGUAAUUCCAGUUAGCUUCUUUGAGGAGGCAAAUAAUGCCCAUUACAAUUCAGUAGUUGUGAUUGAUGCUGAUGGGACUGAUCUUGGACUUUAUAGAAAAUCCCAUAUUCCUGAUGGUCCAGGUUACCAGGAAAAAUUUUACUUUAAUCCAGGUGACACUGGCUUUAAGGUCUUCGAGACUAAAUUUGCAAAAAUUGGAGUGGGUAUUUGCUGGGAUCAAUGGUUCCCCGAGACAGCUCGAGCUAUGGCUCUUCAGGGUGCAGAAAUACUGUUGUACCCAACUGCAAUUGGUUCUGAACCUCAAGAUGACGGACUUGAUUCCCGAGAGCACUGGAAGCGAGUGAUGCAAGGUCAUGCUGGGGCUAACCUAGUACCUCUAGUAGCGUCAAACCGCAUUGGGAAGGAGAUAAUUGAGACAGAGCAUGGGAAGAGUGAGAUAACAUUCUAUGGCAAUUCCUUUAUAGCAGGUCCCACAGGAGAAAUUGUGGCACUUGCAGAUGAUAAGGAGGAAGCUGUUCUUGUAGCACAGUUUGAUCUGGCCAGUAUCAAAAGCAAAAGAUGUAGUUGGGGGGUGUUUCGUGAUCGGCGCCCGGACUUGUAUAAGGUGCUUUUGACAUUAGAUGGCCGCAAUCCAUCUCUCUGAACUGAAUUCCUCAGUUUCUGCUUUGAGAGAGAUGGUUGUAAGGAACUUUUAUAACCUCGAAAUUUCAUCAUUUGAAUAACUAGAUGGUUUAGCUCGUAAGGUGGUAUGUCCCUAGAAGAAACCAAGAAGAGAUGUUUUGUUGUGGUAAAUGACAUUCAAGUAUCUUCAUAUUAUGAUAUCAAUACUAGCAUUUAGCUUCCAAAUUU